UUUUCUUGUAUUUCCGGUUUCGUAACUGACAACCACUCUCCUCCUCCGACGACGGUCACACUAUUCCCGUUUUUAAACCUUCCCGAUUUUGAAAAAAGCCCCUAAACGCGCUCCAGUUGUUUUUCUUCGCAAAACCAAAAACCUCUCCUCCUCCUCAUUUUUGUCACUAUCCGAAACCCAAAUCUCAGUCCUAGACUGACGCCGUCCAUGGCAGACCCGACGUCGGAGCAGAUACUCUAUCUGCACGGCGACCUCGACCUCCAAAUCAUCGAGGCGCGGCGGUUACCGAACAUGGACCUCGUCUCGGAGCGGUUGCGCCGCUGCUUCACCGCCUGCGACACCAUCAACUGCUCCCGCUCCUCUAAGUCCGACCACCACCAGCCUCCGGAGUCGUACGAGGACAGCAAGAUUUCGCACCACCGCAAGAUCAUCACCAGCGACUCUUACGUCAGCGUCGUCGUGCCUCAGGCCACGGUGGCGCGUACGCGCGUCAUCAAGAACUCGCAGAAUCCUCAGUGGCGCGAGACCUUCUGCAUCCCGCUCGCGCAUCCCGUGGCCAGGCUUGAGUUUCAGGUCAAAGACAACGACGUCUUCGGCGCCCAGAUUAUCGGCACCGCCUCGAUCUCCGCGGCCAAAAUCGCCACCGGAGAAAAGAUUUCCGGCUGGUUCGACAUCAUCGGAGCCACCGGAAAGCCUCCCAAGCCGGACUGCGCGAUUUAUGUCGAGAUGAAGUUCACUCCCGUCGAUAGAAACCCAAUCUACAAGCGCGGCAUCGCCGGCGAUCCAGAACGGAAGGGAGUCCCCGGCACCUACUUCCCUCUGAGAAAAGGAAGUCACGUGCGGCUCUAUCAGGAUGCGCACGUGCCGCAGGGGCUGGUGCCGCAGAUUGAGUUGGACGGAAGAAAAGUUUACAAGUCUGAGAAUUGCUGGGAGGAUAUUUGUUAUCAAAUUACAGAGGCUCAUCAUUUGAUAUAUGUGGUGGGAUGGUCUGUGUUUCAUAAGGUGAGGCUAAUUAGAGAGCCGAGCCGGCCGCUGCCACGUGGUGGCGAUUUGACACUGGGGGAGCUGCUCAAGUAUAAGUCUGAAGAAGGUGUAAGGGUGUUGCUGUUGGUCUGGGAUGAUAAGACCUCCCAUGAUAAGUUCUACUUCAAAUCGGCAGGAAUGAUGGGAACACAUGAUGAAGAAACCCGGAAGUUUUUCAAGCAUUCGUCUGUCAAUUGUGUUCUGGCCCCUCGCUAUGCUAGUAGUAAGCUUAGCAUCAUGAAACAACAGGUGGUUGGAACCCUCUUCACACAUCAUCAAAAAUGUGUUAUUGUGGACACACAAGCAUCUGGUAAUAAUCGUAAGAUCACUGUAUUUUUAGGAGGGCUGGAUCUCUGUGAUGGUCGUUAUGACACACCUGAGCACAGAUUGUUUCGUGAUCUUGACACUGUGUUCAAAGAAGAUUUUCAUCAACCUACUUUCGCUGCUGGGACCAAGGCUCCAAGACAACCAUGGCAUGACUUGCAUUGUAGAAUUGACGGGCCGGCUGCUUAUGAUGUUCUUAUAAACUUUGAGCAACGAUGGAGGAAAGCAACACAGUGGAGGGAGUUUGGACUACGUAAAAAGGUUUCUCAUUGGCAUGAUGACUCUUUAAUUAAGAUAGGCCGUAUUUCAUGGAUACUUAGUCCUGAGAUAAUAGUUUCAAAGGAACACACAAAUAUUCCCAAAGACAACGAAGCUUUGUGGGUUCAAAGAGAAGAUGAUCCCGAAGAUUGGCAUGUUCAGAUUUUCCGGUCUAUUGACUCGGGAUCGCUAAAAGGAUUUCCCAAAGAUGUCAUCGUUGCCGAGUCACAGAACCUUAUUUGCUCGAAGGAUCUGGUGAUAGAUAAAAGCAUUCAGAAAGCAUACAUUCAAGCAAUCAGAUCUGCUCAACAUUUUAUAUAUAUUGAAAAUCAAUAUUUUCUUGGCUCAUCAUAUGGAUGGCUAGAUUAUAAAUAUGCAGGAGCUGACAAUCUUAUUCCAAUGGAGUUGGCACUGAAGGUUGCCAGCAAAAUUAGAGCUAAUGAAAGAUUUGCAGUGUACAUAGUUUUGCCUAUGUGGCCUGAAGGUGAUCCGAAAUCUGGUGCAAUGCAGGAAAUUCUCUUCUGGCAGAGCCAAACAAUGCAAAUGAUGUAUGAUGUAAUUGCACGUGAAUUGAAAGCCUUGCAGCUUCAUGACGUACAUCCUCAAGAUUACCUCAAUUUCUAUUGCCUUGGUAAUCGGGAAAAGAUUCCUGAUGGAACAUUAAACAACAAUGGUGCUACGAUCUCUGAUGCAUACAAGUAUCAGCGGUUUAUGAUUUAUGUUCAUGCUAAGGGUAUGAUAGUAGAUGAUGAGUAUGUUAUAGUGGGAUCUGCGAAUAUUAACCAAAGAUCAAUGGCUGGUACAAAAGACACUGAGAUAGCUAUGGGUGCGUAUCAACCCCAUCACUCUUGGGCUGAGAAGCAAAAACAUCCAUGUGGUCAGGUAUAUGGUUAUCGAAUGUCGCUAUGGGCUGAGCAUCUUGGUAUGUUGGACCCAUGCUUUAAAGAAGCAGAGAGCUUGGAAACUGUGAGGAUUGUGAAUGGUAUUGCCGAAGAAAAUUGGAAGAGAUUCACAAACCCAGUUUUCACAGAACUACAGGGCCACCUCCUCAGGUAUCCAUUGCAGGUAGAUAAGGAUGGUAAGGUUGGACCUUUGCAAGGAUAUGAAACUUUCCCUGAUGUUGGUGGCAAAGUUAUUGGAGCUUGUUCUGCUACAAUUCCUGAUCAAUUGACAACAUAAGACCUCCGUGUAUACUUUGUAUGUUUUUUUUUACAGGAUUGUUCAAAUAUGAAGUAAUAGGUGUUGAUAGCAUUUUGAGUUUUUACUUCAAAUCAAACUAGUUGAUGUUCCUUUCUUGCUGCUAUUUUAGGACCUCUGUACAUUUGUGAAUUUGUAUAUCGUGAACGGUUCGUGGCAUUUCGCCCAGAUACUGGGUAGAUAUUGCAUUAGAAUUGUGAA